UUUUGUUUUCGUGUUUGUGUUUGUGACUGUGUUUUGUUUUAUUCAAAAGAAGAUCGAGAAAAAAAUCACUAUCCACUCUCGGCUCUCAAACUGGUCGUUUCGUCUGCCAUAUGUGGUCAAAAUUAGUCGUAAAGCAAAAAAGUUGGAGGCAACAAAAAGAAAAGAACAAGAAAAAACGCGAACUAAUACUCGUAUCGAAAAGAACACGCUGUUGAAAAGCCCACGGACUGCGGAGAGGCACACAAAACACGCUGAAAGCGAAAAGGCUCAAGUAAAUUACGAAUUAGUAUCUGAUCUAUCUUUGUAUCUGUCGGUUGGUUGGUUGGCUGGUUAGCUGGCAACUCGCAGUUGUGUUCCGGUCAGUUUUAGUCGUGCGUUGACGCUGUUGAACGCGAGUGAGAUCGUGCUUGUGAGUGAAUUAGUUAGAGGCGUGCAGCGAUAAUCUUAUAACCAAAUAACUAAAAAAAUAAUAUUUGUAACAAAAAUUGUUAAUCCACAGAAGUGUAGUCGAGCAAACAACAGCUGGGCAACUGGAUAACUGCGCGUAAAAUUCAUACUGAUUCACACAACGAGUGUAGCUAAAAAAAUAUUGAAAAUUUAAACUUCCAGCAGCUAUAUAUUAUUAACAAUAGCAACAACAAGCAUUGCUUACACUACAACAAAUAAGAAAAAAAAAUAACAACAACAACAGCGUAACCGAUUGUGCAGAAAAUUAUCAACCGGUGGUGAACGCGCCACGGAAAAAUAUACAAAUAAGUUCAAACCUGUCGAGCCCCAUCAGAAGUUAUUUACCUCACACCCAUCCAGAGCAAAACAAUGUUUGUGCCGUGUUCAGUGCGCUGAGGAAAGGUACGGAAAAAGCCAAAAGAAAAAAAAACACGGACUUUCUUGCGGACAAAUUAAACCAGCCACUUAGCGUGUUUAAGUGUUAUUUAAGCAAAUCAUUUAACGUUUGCAUUACUCCCAUCCAAAUCAACAUAAAAUACCCAACAACAUAUACAAAACAAAGAUACUCACCACGCAUUCAACACUACUCCACAACGUCAUCAAAAUACCCCAAUACACAGAGUGACAUAAAAGAUGGGCAAAGAUUAUUAUAAAAUAUUGGGUCUGCCGAAGACUGCCACCGAUGAAGAGAUCAAAAAGGCCUACAGAAAAUUAGCGUUACGUUAUCAUCCGGAUAAAAAUAAAGCCGCAAAUGCAGAGGACAAAUUCAAAGAGGUCGCCGAGGCUUACGAGGUGCUUUCCGAUAAGAAUAAACGUGAAGUGUACGACAAAUAUGGUGAAGAGGGUUUGAAGAGUGGAGGUACUCGCAAUGGCACCGGCGGCGGUAAAACGUUCACAUAUCAGUUCCAUGGUGAUCCGCGGGCGACCUUUGCUCAAUUCUUCGGCUCCAGUAAUCCGUUUGCCUCUUUCUUUGAUAUGGGCGAUAAUCUAUUCGAUAAGAAUGUGUUCGAUUUGGACACCGAACAUGAUUUCUUCUCAUCCCCGUUUGGAGGUUUGGGGUCACGGCAUGGGCUCGGGAGUGGGUUCAGACCUUCGUUUAGGUCACAUUCGUUCAACGUGCAUACCCCAUUCAAAAAAGAGAAACAACAAGAUCCCCCCGUCGAACAUGAUCUCUACGCGACACUAGAAGAAAUCUACCAUGGUUGUGUGAAAAAGAUGAAAAUAUCAAGGCGAGUGGAACAGCCGGAUGGAUCAACAAAGAAAGAGGACAAAUAUGUGAGCAUAUCGAUUAAACCCGGCUGGAAAUCCGGUACGAAGGUAACAUUUCAAAAGGAAGGCGAUCAAGCACCCGGCAAGAUACCAGCGGAUAUUGUUUUCAUCAUUAGGGAUAAGCCACAUGCGAUGUUUAAGCGAGAAGGUAGUGAUAUGCGGUACACGGCGCGUUUAACGCUCAAGCAGGCCUUAUGCGGUGUGGUCUUCCAAGUUCCUACAAUGUCCGGUGAUAAGUUGCGUAUCAGCACCAUGCAGGAGAUUAUCAAACCGAAUACGGUGAAGCGUAUACAAGGCUAUGGUUUGCCCUUCCCCAAGGAUCCAACGCGGAAAGGUGAUCUACUGGUGGCGUUCGAUAUACAAUUCCCGGAGAAGUUGACUGCCGCGCAAAAGGAAUUGCUCAGGGAUAUGUUAUGAUGAGAGUAAAAAAACACAAAAAAAAACAAAAACAA